AUAAUAUCGCGCAACCUAACGAUGAUCAGGUGAUCCAUAUCAGUUGGUGGCCUUGGUUUCCAAACGAUGCCUUCUAAAUUUCAAGCCAAGUUCAAAGUGACGAGUGGGGAAUCUCGACGGCAAACAUCCAAGCCUUUGGCCGAACAAACCGGGCGGUUUGAGCUGAAUGCUAUGACCGUGGAUUUACCGACAUCCUCCUCGACCCCUCGACAGUCGGACUCAAGAGCAGGUCAGUCGGGUGGAAAGCGACAUUGGGUGGAUGGUGAUACAGAAGACAUCCAUGAUUUACCUCAGAGUCUGGUCAACCCCAUGUUUGAGGAUAUGGAGAAUCAGACCUACACCAAGACGCAGCCAGCGCCGCCACAUCAUGCUACUUACCGAAACUUUAAGCAUUUAGACGAAAUCAGUUUGAGAGAGAGUAGUGAUUUUUGUGAACCAGCCCCAGACAGUAUUGAUCCGUCGUUUACCACCGAAAAUGGACUGCAUUCCUUCUUGGGAACUCGGACAUUUGGCAUUUCCACAUUGGAAUUGGUGGACUUGGGCUUGGCGGGAACCGGGAGUUUUGAUGCUCGAUCACCAACGCCAUUCACCUUGACGAACCUACCUAGAAGUCCGUGCCCAAAUGCCUCUGUGAAGAAGAACUCGCCUUGGCAAGCGUUCCUCAUACUUAUGUGCUUGUUUUGGGAUGUGGAGACUCUGAUUGGCACCUCACUCAAAAUGUUCCACCAUGGUCGAUUGGCCUUCUUUUCCAUUUACAUUGGAACCCUACUGACCGUGGUUUUCCCGUUGGCCUUCACGCACUGCCUCAUUGGACAAUCGCAGUCUGGUCACUGGACAACCGCCUUGUCCAUUAAGCCUUUGGGUCAAGGUUUAGUGCAUGCUAUUGUAUUGGUUUCGGCGAUAUUGGGCAAUCAAAAAAUGAUCCAUUGUGUGCAUUCAAUUCAAACCGCAGUCCUUGGCAUUACCCAGGGCUCGAUGUCUAGCUUCUGCCACGAAUGUGAAGAUGGCUGGAUGUUGACCAACCCAAACGCUUCGUCGACGUGUCCAAUUUCCGAUGCAACUGCGAACCACAGUGGUCUGGAGUCUGGAGCUUGUUUCACCGACCAAUUUGAUCCCUUUGAUGCCCAAUGGAGUGAGCGGGUCCAUGGCAACCCAAUGAUCACGAGCGGUUCUUUCGUCUUCACGCUACUUGUAGUGUCGUGCUUCUUGUAUUUAGGAUUUAGCGUCUUCCGUCGAGCUUUGCCAUUGAUUCUCAGCGUGGUUGCCACUCUCCUCCUUAUAGUGUUCAUUCGGGUGGGAUCGAAUAUGAAUCGAUCCGACUUUGCCCUGGUGUUUGAGAUCCCCUGGCCAUCGUUUGGAAAGGCCAAAACGUGGAUCAUGGCCGGGCAGAGUGCCAUCAACACCGGCGUCUUACUCUCAGGCCUGCUGUAUUUCACGUCCUCCCACAACCUACGAAAUCACGCCUUUCCGAGCCAACUCAUGGGUUGCAUUGGGAUUCACACUCUGGUGAUGAUUCUGGCCUAUGUCAUUGUUGGCGGCGUGUUUGUUACUCGUGGACGUGAUGGGACUCCAUUCGAGAUGCCGCAUUUGCUGAAGUUUCUCUAUUUCGACUUGCCCGAGUAUUUCUUCCAGUUCGAGAUUCCUCAGGUGUGGCGAGUGUGCUAUGCACUGCUCGUGUUCCUCAUCGAGUUAAUCGCCCUAAUAAUCUUGGGAAUGUGUCUGACGUCUGUGUGGCAGAAAAAGGCCAAUCUUGCUCCUGAUUAAUCCUUGGAUCACCUCGGGAGGAGGACUGAUUGCCAUAUUAAUUGUGUUAGUGUCUGCAUGUCCAUGUAUCUUGGCGAUGGUCAAGGCCAAAUUCCAAGGCCGCCCAAUCCGCGAUGUGUUUGCCCCUGUGACGCCAUUGAACCAGAGGCCCGAUUGCCAGAACUCGAGCCGGACUCGGCCACGAGUUUUGCUUCAAAAAUCUGACGACCAUUUCCGAGCUUAAAAAGUAAUAAUCAGACUGAUCCCAACCUCCAGUGGCUGACUGGGAGUUAGUGCCCCCUUGAGAGUAAAAACUAAUCAUGUAAGUCUGCUGAAUGAACUUUUUUCGUUCCCCGGA